CAUGAUGCUGUCACUCAACACAUUGUGCAUUAUACCAAAUGUCCCUAAAUAUUGCCGUGCAUUAAUCAGUCGCCACUUUUCCAAGAAAACGGAAUAUUUGGAGUGGAAAGAGAAUCUAAAAUAUGCCUUAGAAAAUCAUCACGAACUGUAUCUGCGACCCAUAAGGAUAGUAAAUCCGGUCCAUUGGACAAGUUUUUCCAGAGCCCCUUUACAGCACAGAAGAUUAAAACUUGCCGAUAAUGAUGCAAUAUUACAGACUAAGUUUUCCACUGUUUUCAGUAGAGGAUUUGAAGAUUUAAAGGUUUAUUUAUGCAACGAUGUCGUGGACACUGCUCUGUGUCCGCUCUCUGCACUGUCCGUGUAUUUGACAGAAUUGCGUGAACAGGAGGAGACCUUGAAAGAAGGACUCAGUAAGUAUGCCAAAAAUGAUAUACCUGAGAUAUACGUAGCAGCUCUUCUGACCAAUCAUCUCCUCUCCUGUCUGGUGUAUGGAAAUGAGUACUUGAUUAGUAAAGAUUAUCGGAGAAAACCACCACUCUGUCCUUGCAGUAAUAAUGACUGUGGAAAAUACAUCACAUAUGGAGAAACAGGUGUAGGUCACGCAGAUAUAUGGUAUGGCCGCCCAGAUGUGGUAGUGAUUCCAAAACCGAAUAAUGGCUAUAUGGUUCCACUUUGGUAUAUCAAUGAGGAAGAAGAAGAUGAAGAGGAUGAGAUAAGAGAUGUGCAUCCCCUGGAAAUCAAAGUUCAAUCCAAAUUUAAACAUUUUGCCUCACAAGUUUUGUCUCAAGCUAUCACUUUUGCAUUUUACCAGUCAAAUGUCAUAAAAAAGAGAGGAAUUGUCCCAUUGACAACAUUAGUGCCCUCUCUUGUCCUAACACCUAGACAUUAUUACAUUAUCUUGUAUGAUUACAAGAAUGACAUUCUAUUAAGCAGUGGACAUCAGGACUCUUCCUUGUGGGAUGAUACUAAUGACUGUAGGCUCAAUUUAUCUGCAAUUCUUCAUAUUUGGAUGGUUCUGAAUUAUAAAGACUUUGUUCCAACAUUAGAUACAGAGGUUAUACAUCAUUUUGCUAGAAGUUCAAAUAUUCACAAUAUUUUAGAAAGUCAAAAUCUUUUAGAGGAAACUGAGAAAAUUUCACGCAAAAAUUCUCUCGUAACCAGUAAUACAAAUGACGAUGAUGGAUGUGUCAGUGUUAAAGACAUAAAAGAUUUUAUAAAAGAUCCACAUAAAAGAAAGUGGUAUUGAUAUUCAAACAAAACAUUGUUAUAAUUAAAAAUGUUCAUGUUGUUAGCCCUUCCUUUUCAAUUUUUAGCCUGAUGGAAGUCAAAUCAGUAUUAUGCUUGCCUUGCCCUUAAUUUGAGGUUUACAAGAAUUAUGUAUUUUUAAAUUGGUACUGCAAUGCAUAAAGUAAACAUUGAAUUGUCAUUGGCAAUAAUAAAAAACAAUGGAAAAAAUUAUGUACAGUUGGACUAAGUACAGUUCUAUUGUUUUAGGAGACUUUGUAUGCAGAACAGGAACCAUUUUGGAAAAUGUCAGCUUGAGUAGACCUGUAGAGCUGUCAAUUUGUUUUUAGAAGUCAGGGUCAUUGUUUUAUUUCAGUUUACACAUGUGGUUUGCUGUGUAUGAAAUCAUAUCUAAAAAUAUGGUUAUUGACUGUUAAAGGUUUUAAAGUGGUAAAUUUUAAGGCUUAAUUAAUAUACUGAUUACACAAAAUGCUGUGAUGCUUGCCAUUUA